AUGGCUAAUCCUGGAGGUGGUGCUGUUUGCAAUGGGAAUCUUAACAAUCACAAGAAACAGAGUGGAAACUGCAGGAAGAACGGGAUCUCCAAAGAAGCUCAGCAAAAUGGGAAGCCACAUUUUCAUAAGCCAAUUGUUGAAUCCUUUGAGCAAGCACCUCUUCACGUUCUGGUUCUGACGUAUUUGGGAUAUGGAAUUGGAACCCUGUUUGGCCAUUUCAGAGACUUUCUGAGAAAUUGGGGAAUAGAAAAAUGCAAUGCAGCUGUAGAGCGAGAAGAACAAAAAGAUUUUGUGCCUCUGUAUCAAGACUUUGAGAAUUUUUACAAACGAAACCUUUACAUUCGGGUCAGAGACAACUGGAACCGGCCCAUCUGUAGUGCCCCAGGGCCUCUAUUCGACAUCAUGGAGAGAGUAUCAGAUGACUACAACUGGACAUUUAGGUUUACAGGAAGAGUCAUCAAAGAUGUCAUCAACAUGGGCUCCUAUAACUUCCUUGGCCUUGCAGCCAAGUAUGAUGAUUCCAUGAGGACAGUAAAGGAUGUUUUAGAGACGUAUGGCACCGGUGUAUCCAGCACCAGGCAGGAGAUGGGUAACCUGGAUAAGCAUAGAGAGUUGGAGGAUCUUGUGGCUAAGUUCCUGAAUGUGGAAGCAGCUAUGGUCUUUGGGAUGGGAUUCGCAACUAACUCAAUGAAUAUCCCUGCACUAGUUGGCAAGGGAUGCCUCAUUUUAAGUGAUGAGCUGAACCACACAUCUCUUGUUCUUGGAGCCCGACUCUCAGGUGCAACCAUAAGGACCUUCAAACACAACAAUGCACAGAACCUCGAGAAGCACUUGAGAGACGCGAUAAUCUAUGGCCAGCCACGUACCCGCAGAGCUUGGAAAAAGAUUCUCAUCUUGGUAGAAGGUAUCUAUAGCAUGGAAGGUUCCAUUGUGCACCUGCCUCAGAUUGUGGCUCUGAAGAAUAAAUACAAAGCCUACCUCUACAUAGAUGAGGCUCAUAGCAUUGGGAGCGUGGGCCCCACUGGCCGAGGUGUCGUGGAAUUCUUUGGAAUGGACCCUCGUGAUAUCGAUGUGUUCAUGGGCACCUUCACUAAAAGCUUUGGCGCUUCAGGAGGUUACAUAGCUGGAAGGAAGGAACUUGUGGAUUACUUACGAGUUCAUUCACAUAGUGCUGUUUAUGCCACAUCUAUGAGUCCUCCAAUAUCAGAGCAGAUCAUCAGAUCAAUUAAACUCAUCAUGGGAAUGGAUGGGACCACGGAAGGAAUUAAGAGGAUACAACAACUUGCAAAGAACACAAGAUAUUUCAGACGGAGGCUAAGUGAAAUGGGAUUCAUUAUUUAUGGCAAUGAAGAAUCUCCUGUGAUCCCUGUGCUCCUUUAUAUGCCUAGUAAAGUGGCGGCUUUCGCAAGGCAUUUGUUGGAGAGAAAAAUUGGAGUCGUGGUGGUUGGGUUUCCAGCCACGCCGCUUGUAGAAGCCCGGGCUCGAAUUUGUGUUUCAGCGGCUCAUACACGGAAGAAUUUAGACACGGUUUUGGAUGCUCUUGAUGAGAUGGGUGAUCUCCUAGGACUGAAAUACUCCAGGCAGAGGAAAUCAACACGUCCACAACUGUGCGAUGAAACAGACUAUGAACCUGAUGAUUAA